CAACUGUCAAAGUCUGGCAAAAUAAAGAAAAUUGUUUUGGCGUAUCACUGAACGUUGUUAGCAAAUAACUUGCCCAAAGCCGUACGAAACAUUCGAGUGAAAGAGUGAAAUUCGCUUCAUGUCUAGCGGGAAUCGUUGGUCGAUACUUGAAGAUGCUCUGAGUGUUGACAAAUCCGGUUAGUUUCAAGAUAUGGUCGAUUGAAUGUGUAACUUAUGCCACAGACGGAUAGUGCAAUUACUGGUGACACAUUGCAACAACAACAGCAACUACAAUCAGGGUGCGGAACGAAAACUCAAAAGCCAAGCCUUGGAAGGUCCCUCCUUAUCCGUAACAUAACAAAGACGAAGAAAGGAAGCAAGUUGAAAUAAAAAAGUCAAGUUAUCAAUCGUCAGAGGAAGAUCAAAAUGAAAACAGUCUGCCUGCAGGUCGUGAAGUGUUGCUUUUACUUGAUUUUGCUGUUGAUUUUUAUACUGUUCAGUUUUGCAUCGCGCGUUCUGUUCGUAUGAAGUGUGGCGCCCCGGUGAUCCAAGGGGAAGGACACUUCGGCGCCGCGCCGAGGUCCGCCACUGGAACGGAGCGGAACCUUUCGAAAUUACUAACCUAGAUUUGGUUUCCGACGUCAUCAUUUUCAUUUCUGCCAUAAGUCACACAUCAAGCAAUUAGAAAGGUUUUGUGACCUCAAAAAUGAAUCUUCUGCUCUAAGUUGUGUCGAAAUAUGCACCGGGGAACAAUCCAUAGGACGAUUCUGACUCCACAUAAUUCUGCGUUUGAGCGUCUCACCUCCACCAACUCCUUCCUCCCCGGAGGAAGAAGUGUCCUCGCUUCUCCACCACAAUGAUGACCGAUGACGAUGACAUCAGGUCAGCUGUACACUCGAUGUACGCCCAAGCCCAGCACCAGCAGCAUCAGCAGCAGCAGCAGCAGUAUCAACAGUUCCAGUCACAGCAGUUUGCCGGCUUUCCGGGCAUUUCGGCUCCCUCGUCGCUGCACAGCUUCGGCCCUGGACCGUCGUCCGGAUUGCCCCGUUCGCAGUCCCACAUGGUGAACCUGCUGAGCGAGGACUUCAUUGCCGGUUACAUGGACGAGGGUCGCAUGUCGGUGGUUCGAAGGUUCUUCUGCCUGUUCGUGACCUUCGAUGUGGUGUUUAUCUCGCUGCUGUGGAUCAUCUGCGUGAUGAUCACCGGUGACAACAUCCGGCACGCCCUCGAGACGCAGGUGCUGCACUACACGAUCGAAAAGUCGCUGUUCGAUGUGGUCGUCAUUGCGUUGAUGCGGUUUAUAUUUUUAAUCCUGUUCUACGGACUGUGCCACCUGAAUCACUGGAUCGUGAUCGCUCUUUCAACCACCGGGUCGUGCGCCUUUCUAAUCUACAAAGUUUUUGCAUACAGUUGGACAGACACACCCCAACCUGUCUUCGAAGUGCUGCUAGUCGUAGUCUCGUUCGUCCUAGCCUGGGGCGAAGCUUGGUUCUUGGACUGCCGGGUGAUCCCUCAGGAACGGUACGCCCGAAACUACUACGUUGCUCUCACAAACCCAGCGGCAGAAGUUCGAAGCCCUCUGCUGGCGCCCUUCCUGCAUUCAGCCCUCUCAACCGGCCGAACGGAAAGCGUUGGCAACUUCUACUCCCCGUACGACUCGAUCCACAACAGCGAAGACGAGGAGGACGAACAGGAUGAUGAAUUCAAGCGGAUGGGCAUCGAGUGCGUUCGCAAGGCGUACAUUCUGCUGGAAUCCACGGACUGGAAGCUGGAGAAGGUCACUUCCAAGGGCGAUACGAUCCAAAGCUGUACCAAGGAUAAAGUUGGCAAGAUCUACAAGCUGACGGGAAAAAUUCACUACCCAGCAAAGAAGCUUCUCCAGGAGUUGUACUACAAAAUUGAAGAAGUUCCCAGAUGGAAUCCCACCCUGCUGGAGUCGAAAAUCAUUCGUAAAAUCGACAGCCACACGGACAUUUCGUACCAGGCCACCAUCGGUGGCGGUGGUGGCGUGGUCAAGUGUCGUGAUUUCGUAAACCUUCGCUGCUGGCAGCUGUGCCGCGAGGGCCGCGUGAUAGAAGGUGUCGAUCUGCACCCAACGGAUCUUCAGGCACCGGCGUUGACUCCGGUCACGGAAGAAGUGCCCGAUGACGAUGAUGGGGACAGCGAUGACGAUGAGUGCAUCUUGGCGGCCAAAGCUUCGCCCCAAAUUACCAAAUCGUUAAGUGAGUUUAAGCUAGGAGGUAGUAGCGUUAGUAGCAACGAGCAAAACACAAAGACGGCGUUUUCGACGCUGAGCAAAAGCCUUGGCGCGCAGGACUUUGGUGCUGGAGGAGCCAACUCCGACCCGGAGGAUGUGUUCUCGGACGCACUGACGGAACAUCAAGCUGGCGGCAAGCAGCCGGCUCAGGUGGAGCAGGAGAAGAAACAAAAGUCUGAAGCUAAAGUUAGGGUUCGCAAGCCAAGGGCUGAAGAAUGUGAGGUGCAAAAGGGUGGAAACGUAUACGUUAGUGCCGCGAUCAGUAUCGAGUAUCCUGGAGCGCCGGUGACGACGAAGUACAUAAGAGGGGAGAACAAAGUGUCCUGCUGGGCCAUGCGCGAAAUAGAGAACCAAAAAGACUACUGCAUCUUCGAGUGGCUGCUCUGUUUAGACCUGAAAGGUUAUAUUCCACGCUACGUGCUAGAUACUGCCUACACAACCCUAAUGCAAGAAUACAUGACCCAUCUCCGCAACUACGUGGUGGAACUCCGCAAACAAGGAAAAGUGCCUGCAACCAACAAAUCUUUAUCGUCUACGUCUACGUCAGCUGCAUCUGCAUCGGUUGCAGCCCAGUACUCCACCGAUUCUGCCAGCGGAUCAAAAUCUUCCUAGUUUGUUUGUUUUCCUAAUUUUAACCUUAAGUUAGUCAAUUGUUCAUCACAAAGCGCAGAAUAUUUAUUUUGAUUCGUUUCUUGUCGAGCCUUCGUCUAUUUUAGAAUCCCCGCGCAAUUGUGAAUUCGAUUUAAUUCCGAAUCGCUAAUCUUCCAGAGAUUCUGAAACAUUUUCGUUGUGCUUGCUGCAUGGUACUGAUUGUUGGAUCCAGAAAAGGGAGGACGACAAAUUGCACUGAUUUGCCUUCGUAACCAAUCACACGGUUCUAACUAGUGAUAGAGAAAACUUUAGCGAAACUAAGCUGUUUUGUUACAACUACUAAGUCUGCAAGAACAGGUUGAACCUUGGAUAAGUUAAUCUUUGUAGGAAAAAGAAA